AUGACAAUAUCUUUACUGAUACACUGUGCCUUGGCAGAAAUAAUACUAGCCUAUAAUUCUGUGCCAGAAUUUGGAAAUGGUAUUUUUGAUCCCGUGAUGUCCAGUUCUGAAACUUCUGAUAGCUACUUGGCAAACGAUAUGGUAGUUCCGUUAUUGCGGGAACAGAAGGCUCCUAUCGUAGUACAAGAACUAUACGACGGCUAUUUGUUCGAUGAUAAAAAAUGUAUCCAAUUUAAUAAAAGAAUACUCUGCGGCUAUGAUAAGAAUAAUGGAGACAGGUUAGACGACUAUGAAAUGAUAGAUAUAGGGGAUGGCUGUCGUAUGCGGGGCGAUAGAAUUGAAUGCGGAUAUGAAAGAAAAGUGCUAAGGCUUCGUAAAACCCUUGUUAGAAAAGCGCCCACAAGAACAAGUAUGCCAACUACGCCCCGGUUUGUCCUCGAGAAUAAAAUAAAAAUGGAUAUUUUGGAGAAAAUGUUACUAAAAUCUGGUCUUGUUCUAAUAAAGUCUGUAGAUACUGCAAGCAUUCCAACAGUCACUGAAUCUGUACCGGAAACACUUGACUCUGAAACAAUUAUGCCCAGAUUAUCGUCGCACGAGACGUCCUCGCCUAAUACACCAAACACAUCUACAGAUAUACCAAUAGAGAGUAGAUUACCUGCGUUACCUCAAUCGACCAUGCUAAGCCCAGAAUCAACCAGUGAAAUAACAACUGUAUCAGAUGAUGAAAUCACAUCAACAGCUAGUACAAAUAACAUUUCUUCUGAAGCCAUUACAAAAACAGUGAGCCUAGGUGAAGUAAGUGAUCAUGAGACAGAUGAGCCCGCAGUUCAAAACACGACAAUAUUAACUAAAAUAUUGACCACUUUGCCUGAAUUAGUUACUGAAUCUUAUUUAGAUAUUACAGGUUUACUGCGUGAACAAUCUGCAAUUAAUGCUACUAUAAGACGUUCAGAUCUAGCAAACAAUACUAGUGACAAUAAAAUUAACACUACAUGUGUUGAGAAGAGCGAUAGAAUUGUGUGCUAUUAUUUCAAAAAAGAGCAGUCUAUGAAGAAAUAG